AUGUCCACGGCUGUUACAACAACUGCUCUGAGCAAAGGCAAGGUGAAGUUGUCAGGUGCGCAGGAAACUCUCCUGCUCACCCUCUUCGCCCGCGCCAAGGAUGCCGAGUCUGCAUCGCCGAUUCUGAAUGACCAGUACGCCCUAGAGAUCGUCAACCAGAUCAAGGAACAGGGCUAUGACUUCAACCGAACAUCCAUGGGAUUCACGAGAAUUCCAACGUUCUCCGCACCGGUAGCUAUGCGCGGUCGCAUGCUAGACAUUUGCACUGAGAGGUUUCUUCGAAGAAAUCCGGGUCCUGCAACGGUGAUCCACUUGGCAUGCGGGAUGGACUCGAGAUGUCACCGCGUGCAGUGGCAGGGAGAAGGAAGGGUUUGGAUCGACGCGGACAAGGAGGAUGUCAUCGAGCUGCGGCGCCAAGUUUUGAAUGACCCCGAACCCGUCAAAGGGGCCGAGUACCGCUUGAUCCACCCCAAUAUUCACAGCGACACCUGGCUCCGCGAAGCCAAGAUUCCUGUGGACCGGCCAGUUCUGAUCCUUUUCGAAGGUCUUACUCCGUACCUCACGAACGACGAGAUGAUUGGGCUGGUCCGGCGCAUUGUGAACUACUUCCGUUCUCAUGGCGCCCAUGGCGAGCUUCGUUUCGAUGCCGUCGGCUCGAUUACGUAUUACGCGAUGAAUUAUAUCUUCAAAACCCCGUUCAAGACUAUGGGAACGCGAUUCUACUACUACCUCGACGAUCCCAGAUCUCUGACGCAGAAGAUUCCGGGGCUGAGGUACAAAGACUCCAUAUUCCUGAUGCCAGACUUAUUCAGGUACGGCAUCUUGGGGCUCGUCCUCGGAUUCUUCACAUGGAUCAUAGACCUCUUUGGGAUUUCUGGCCGUCUCGGUGGUGGAUAUGGGUAUGAAUUCUAG